AUGUCGGAAUUCGCAUUCUGCAAGUCGUUUCUGAGCGCCCUCGACGCGCGCCCAGUAAAGCUCUCCUCAGACCACAUUGCAGACGCGCGACAGUACCCCGCGCAGGGCGCUUAUACGCUCCCCCGCCUCCCACACCCACCCCACCCACAACGCCCAAACCCCAAGUCUACAGACAGCGCCGAUGCCUCUACAUCUGCCUCGACCAUCACAGUAACUCUAAAACCCAUGAAGCCUUCGACGCCUACAAUCCCUCUCUCCGCUAUCGACCCUUCCAAAACCUCCGUGUACGACCUGAAGCAGCAGUAUGCGACGCAGGCCUCGUUAUCAGCAGCCAAGAUCAAGAUCCUAUAUAAAAAGAAGCCCGUCACAGAUUCAAAGACUCUGAAAGAGGUGAUAGGCACUGAUGCUGGUACGGAGGUCGAGUUUGGUGUCAUGGUGAUGGCAGGUGCUGCGGCAGCUUCAGGUAGCCCCGCAGCAGGAGGCACCCCUGUGACAAGCCCCCCUGCUGUUGCGCCGCCGACAGAGAGUGAGAAAGGCCUGGCCAGCGCUGGGGAGUCAUCCGCCGGGGCCUCCGUAGCUGCAGGAGCCGUAAGUGGGAAGGACAUUGUCGCUACUGACGAGUUCUGGGGAGAUCUUAAGACCUUCAUAUUACAACGGACCAAGGACGCAGAAGAGGGUGAGAGGCUAGUUGGUGUAUUCAAGGCCGCUUGGGAGCAAAACAAGUAA